ACUACAAAGCAAAAGAAAGACAUUCUUUAAAAAGAAUACCUUCUUGAUAUAGACAGUUAAUUCAAGGAAAAUCGUUUCAUCAAAUUAUACAUGUAAAAUAUUUGGGAGAAAAUACUUUAGAACUGUUAGACACUGUUAAUCGACUUAGGCAGAUCGUAGAAAGUGAGGUGAUCAUCAUUAUUAUUAUAAUUCCAAUUACUACAUUCAUAAGAUCUGCUGUCACUGUUUUGUGUAUGUUCUUAAUAUGAAACAGAAAAUUCAGGAAGAAGAGGAAAAUCUGCUUCACCAUCAGGUACAUCCUGGGAGAUGUUUUGGUCUUGAACCUGAGUCAAGUGAUCUUGAGAUGGAAUGCAAUGGGGAAAGAAAGAUCAUCUAUGCGAAAGAUUUAUUCAAUGGGCAGAAGACACUGGUUUUGCUGCCCAUCACGACGGAAACCAAUGCCAGAACACAGAUGAUUAACGUAUCGGUUUCAGCAACAAGUACCAACCAACCAAAAACCAGCAUGACAUUCGUGGUUAUACGUACUGGAUUCUCCGCCGACAUACACUCGACCCUAUAUGAGAUGGUCCCUGGAUCAAGUUUUGACCUCAGCAACGCCGAAGACAUUCCGAGUGAAGAAUUCAUCACAAAAAAGAUGAACACUGAUCAGUACUACCAGCUUGGUCUAGCAUUGGGUUUGUCCUACCAUACACUUGACAGCAUCCAGUUCAGAAGCAGACAACAUGAAGAGGCUGGGGUUUAUACCCCAAAUCAAAAAGCUGCUAUCAUCAUGAUCCGCCAUUGGAAAUGCUUGUAUCAUUCCGUCUCCCUAGCAGACGAUCAUCUAAGAGAAGUGUGGAAGUCCAUGAGUGAUUCAGGAGAUUCAGCCCCUGCUUUGAAACAACGACGAAGAGCGGGUAAGAACGCCCCGAAAGAAACCAGGGGAUAUACAAAAUUUCUUUAA